UCCCAUUUGGGAUGAUUGAAUGAAAAUCCCGAGGUUGAAUGUGGCGGGCGGUUCUGUUCGGAAGCUCUGGGCCAUGGAUAAAGUUUGGUUCGCGGGACUGUGCCGUUACCUGUCGUUUCUGGCAAGCGUUGUUUUUGUACUCCCGGGUACCGUCGUUGCACAGCACAAUCUUUGGUACAACUUCACGGUGAUGGCCCAAGAUGGAUCUGUGCAGCCGACCUUUUUUGCUGAGGGACGCUUGGAUGGCCAGGCCUUCUUGCGCCGUGAAAGAGGCACAGUUGAGCCCCAGGGACUGUGGGCAAAAAACCUGAGCACUGAGACAUGGCGUAAAGAGACCAAGGAUUUGAAAGAGAAAGUAGAGGACCUCAGGAAGUGUCUUGGAGAAAUCCUGGGCCUGCAGAAGGAGAAAGGAGGCUUGCAUUCCCUCCAGGAAAUUGUGAGCUGUGAGAUGGGAGAAGACAGCCACCCCAGGGGCGUCAGGCGUCUCUACUACGAUGGGGAGCUCCUCCUCUCCUGCGGCCUGGAGACCCACGGAUGCACAGUGCCCCAGGCCUCGGCUCAGACCUUGGCCCUGGAAAUGGAGAAGACGUGCGACAUGGACGAGCUAAGCAGACACUACUGGGCCCACGUGCGGGGAGAGCUUUGUGCAAAACUGCAGGGCUAUCUGAAAUCCUGGACCAGCUUCACAGAGAGAACAGUGCCCCCAGCAGUGACGGUGACCUGCAGUCAGGCCUUGGAGGGCACAGACAACCUCACAUGCCAGGCCGUCAGCUUCUCUCCCCAGAAUAUCUCGGUGGCCUGGUAUCAGGAUGAGAAAGCUGUGAGCCCAGACACCCAGCAGUCUGGGGGUGUCCUGCCUGAUGGGAAUGGGACCUACCAGACCUGGGUGACCCUAAGGGUCCCCCAAGGAGAGGAGCAGAGGUUCUCGUGCCACGUGGAACAUGGUGGGAAUCACAGUGUCCACGCCGUGCCCUGCGGAAAGGCUCCAGGGCGCCAUCGAUGGUGGAUCAUUUCGGGUGCUCUGACUCUAGUUAUUUUCAUCGUGACCUGGUUCUGUUCUUACACGAAGAUGACCCCAUUAGUUUUGAGGCACCAAGAGUCCAUUGAGCUCGAAGACCUACAACAAAGUCAGGUGCUAACUAGAACGGCUUCACACCAGAGACCAGUGUUCCAACCCAGAGCCAUCAGUUCAACUGAAGGAGCUUAGAUUGUGUAGCCAGGAGGCCUGAAUUCAACUCCCUGUUCUGGCCUUUUUGUCACUUUUCUUGUGUGUGGGGGGUGGGGGGUGGGGGAAGGGCAAGGGGUUUGUUAUUUUUUAAAUUAGUUUUGGGAGUUCCCUCCUGACUCAGUGGGUUAAGAAUCUAGAGUCACUGCUGUGGCUCAUUGUCGUUAUUGUAGCAGGGUUUCAGUCCCUGGCCCUGAAACUUCCCUGUGCUGCUGGUGCCCUGAAUUAUUUUAGUUUAAAUUUUUUUAAAUUGUUUUUUGAAGUGUAGUUUAUAAUAGACCACUUCUCUUCUUGGUGCUUCGCUUUCUUCAUCUGUGAAAAGGGAGACACAGGGGCUCCCGAUGUGGCUCAGCAGAAAUGAAAUCUGACUAGCAUCCAUGAAGAUGAAGGUUUGAUCCCUGGCCUUGCUCAGUGGGUUAAAGAUCCGGUGUUGCCAUGAGCAGUAGUGUAGGUCACCGAUGCGGCUCAGAUCUGGCGUUGCUGUGGCUGUGGUGUAGGCCGGCAGCAACAGCUCCGAUUCAACCCCUAGCCUGGAAACCUCCAUAUGCUGCAGAAGAUUUGAGAUCAUUGCAGCUGCACCACACUAAUAACACCUCUAUUUUUUUUAAUAGUAUAAUAUAUAUUCUAUAUAUUAUCAAUAAGCUUUAUAUAUUAAAAAUAAGUAUUUCUUAAUAGUAUAAUAUAAUAUAUUUUAUAUAUUAUCAGUAAGCUUUAUCUAUAAGUUUCCUUGUAGCUUCUGCUUAAAUGGCUAAUAAAUUUCUGGAAACUCGGGCUA